UAUAAAAAGGAUAUGACGGGAGAGAAUGAAAUUGAUCAAGUUGAUAAUCUUGGCCAGAAGCAGAAAUGGAACCAGAAACUCAACAUGAAGUGGAGGAGACUGUGUUGGAGGUUUUAAGAAACUCAGACAUGAACGAGAUGACUGAGUCCAAGGUCAGGGCCAUGGCUGCCGAGAAGCUUGGGAUCGAUCUUUCAGGUUCGGGUCCCAAGCGUUUCGUCAGAAAGGUAGUCGAAUCGUUCCUGCUUUCCAAGGAGCAGGACGGCCAACAGGCGGAGGCAGUCGCUGCAGCGGAUGAAGAAAACAAAGAGAUUGAAGAAAAUGAAGAAGAGGAGGAAGAUGAAGGAGGUGAGGGGAAGAGGAAGCCUAUUAUCUCUAAGAAAGAGUACGACGAUGAGGGCGAUCUCAUUAUUUGCAGGUUAUCGAACAAGAGAAGAGUUACGAUUCAGGAUUUUAGAGGGAAAACUUUGGUGUCGAUAAGGGAAUACUACGAAAGAGAUGGAAAGGAGCUUCCUUCCUCCAAAGGAAUAAGUUUGACUGCGGAGCAGUGGUCAGCUUUCAGAAAGGCUAUGCCUGGAGUAGAGGAGGCUAUAAAUAAGAUGGAGUCCAGGUUGAGGUGAUGUUUGGAUUUCGGAGCCUGUAAAGGAAGUCCUAAAGAUGUAAUCUAAAAGCCUUUGGAUAAAUCUAAGGUUUUUUUUGGGGUUGUCAGUGAGUUACUUGAUGUGGAGGCUCUGUGAAAACUGCGAUGUUGUUUCAAGUGGAGCAUGAAGAUUUGCACCUUAAGAGGAUUUUGUUGUACAAAAUAAGACCUAUGCCUUCACUUUUAAUUUAGCUUUCUUAUACUCAUCUUUCA